UUGAGAUGCCUGUGCCAGGAAAGAGAAAAUCCCCAAAAGAUAUUGCCCUUCAAUGGGUUGAGAAAGGCGACCCAGAUGGAUUUUCUAUAGACAUGUAUGGCUUUAAAGGCAGAGGUAUAAAGACUCUUAUAGGAAGGGACCGAGGUGAAUUACUCUUGCACUAUACUGGAGAGAAGAUUUCAGGGGACGAAGGCGAACGAAGAGAAAGACGUAAAUCAACUGGAUACCGUUUUUUCUUUGAUAGUAAUGGCCAAAAGUUAUGUGUGGAUGCAUCAAAGGAGUCUGGUAGACUGGGAAGAUUAGUAAAUCAUGGAAAUAAGAAAGAAGCAAACUCCUUCAUGAAACAUGUUGAUGGGCAUUUGUUCAUUUUUGCUUUAAGAAAGUACAAACCUUUUGCUCCACAAUUCUCAGAGACAGACAACACAUCUCUAGAGGUUGGUGGUUGA